CAGAGGGGCGAGGAAGCACCUGCUUCCAACGAGGAGGUGGAGAAAAUGCUCUCAUGAAAAGGUCCAACUGCAGUGGUUGGCACUGAAACUUGUGCAAGAGGUUGGAUUACUCUGAGAUUAUACACCGGUUAUUUUAUUACAAACCUUGUUUCUCCUUUAUCGUUUUCUUGUUGCCUCCAGGAGUCUGUGGUUAGACACAAAAAAAAAAGAAAAAGAAAAGAGAAAGAAAUCAAAACAACAAAAAAAAGGCACUUUGCAGUAUGGAUUGCCUUUGUGGCGAGGUGUGUUUUCACAGUUUAUGAUAGUCUCUCGGCUUCGUGUCAGCUGCCUUUCGAGUUUUAACAAUGAUGUUCUCUGCAUCUGCGUCGCAUUUCAAUGCUCCACAAACUGUUACCAGAGUUUCCAGCCCUAGGAGAGGCGAUGCGGACGGACAGGAGCACGGGAGCGACGCGAAGAUAUACCUCUGGACUCGGAUUUGUUUGAUCGGAAAAUAAACACAGCCUUUCCGAGAGAGCACUGACAUCAACGUACAGACAGCGGCACCAUCAGUGGUAGAAGUUGGACUGAAAGUGCACAUCAAGUACAGCAAACUGAUGCGCGUAAGAAGGGAUGCCAGCCAGGCGUGGCUUGAGUCUGAAUGCGUGGGGAGUAUGUAUAUAAUAGAGUCUUACCAUUUGAUAAACAGAGAUAUCAAACUCAUGAUUAUAGCAAAGGACUAUCAAUAAACUGAGAGGACUCCGCUGACUUGGAGCAGUGACGGCGCGCCGGCUACGCUUCUUUGUGCGUGCAUGGACCGGACUUGUAUAAACUUUUCUCCCUCCUUUAAGUCACCGUACAUCUCAAAUGCCUUCGCUUAAUUUGACAGCUGUGCACACAAUGGCAGAGGUCGGGAGUUUGCUGGGGACACUCGACUUGGAUUUACAAAGCUUUCCUGCGCUCGGGAAUAUGCCCUUACCAGAGCCUCCAGUGGGGUUGAAUGAGAGGCUAGGGCAGAUUGAAGGGAGGCUGCAGCGGGGGUCGCCCACAGAUUUCGGGCACCUCAAAGGGAUCCUGAGGCGGCGGCAGCUCUACUGCAGGACCGGCUUCCAGCUGGAGAUAUUUCCCAAUGGCACCGUGCACGGAACAAGGCAGGACCACAGCAGAUUUGGUAUCCUGGAGUUCAUCAGCCUGGCAGUGAGUCUGGUCAGCAUCAGAGGGGUGGAAGCCGGGCUGUACCUGGGCAUGAAUGAGAAAGGAGAGCUCUAUGGGUCGAAGAAGCUGACGGCAGAAUGCGUGUUCAGGGAGCAGUUUGAGGAGAACUGGUACAACACCUACGCGUCAACUCUUUACAAGCACGCGGACACGGGGCGCUUCUACUACGUGGCUUUAAACAAGGACGGCUCGCCCAGGGAGGGCAACAGGACUAAAAAGCAGCAGAAACUCACCCACUUCUUACCCAGGUCGGUGGAGGUCGAAAAGAUCCCUCAGGCCUACAGGGACUUAUCCCAGUACAGGUGACCAGUGCUUACAGUGGGGGAAACGGCUCACAGACAUAAACAACGAGGAGGGAGAUGGAGGGGGUGGGGAGGUUGUGGAUAUUUUGGACCUGAUAUAGAACUGUUUACCCUCAACUCCCCUCUGCUGAGGUCAGUGUGUUUGCACCUCGGCCCGCUGCCAAGCACGUACAGCAGCGACAUAAACAAUGUGCAUGGAUGUUGCUUCUUUGCCUCUGCAGUGGACUUGUGACCUGAGGAAGGAGGGGAAGCUUUCUUACAUAACCACUGCAGGCACGGACGUAGGAGACCCCUCGGUACAGCCCAGCUGUGGGUCGAGCAGGAGGAUCGAACCAGGUGCCGCGUUUCCUCGGUAGCUGCCUUGAAGAGGGUUAAUGUGUAGAUACUGAAGAGGCGCACGGCAACGAGAUGAACCGUUGGCUCUUUGCGGAUCUGCGGGAUGAGAACCACCGGUUGACCAUCGAGAGACUUUUAGGAGCUCUGAGUGACUGAAAACAGCCUGGAUGUCACAGUGUGCAUAUGGUAAACGUGAGAGAGAGCACGUUCCCUGUAAACAAAGAAACACAGGCGGUGGUUGGGUACUACAGAACCUUUCAGAAGAAUGUGCGCAGAGAGCAAACUGUCACACGUUGAGUGGAGCUUCUUCCACAAAAUCAAAAACGAAAGAAGGGAAUAACGUCUCAAUGAUGGAACGGCACUUACUGCACAUCUGGAGUCACACCUGUGGGCUCACCCAGUCACCCAGAGUCUAAACAUCACAUCUGAAUAUCCAGCAGCGUCUCGUAGGAAUCACACGCGAAGCAGGCGACUGAGCUCGGGACGAAAGCACUUCUCCGACGAUGGCUGUAAAGAAUGAGCGACGGCGUUUCUUUUAAAGGACGGUGACUUGUAAUGUUCGAGACAGUCGGGAACAUUAUAAAAAAAUGCAAGCAGCUGAGGUAUACAUAUGGGUGAUCCUAUUUAUGAGAUGUACAAUAUAUUUAUUUUCUACAUAUAAAGUAUAAAUGUAAAUCUAUAUAUUUAUUUAUUGCAAAGACUUUAUUUUGUAAUGAACUUGAAGUUAUCUGGACUGCAGAUUCUACUGAAAUGACACCAAGAAAAAGCAAACGAAAAAAAAUGAAUAAUGAAGAACUGCAAUGAACGCGACAAUAAAAUUGUCCUGCUAUCGAGAAGUCAUUGUGAGAGACUAUUUUUGCUUGGAUUAAAGUCUGAUGUACCAAUUAAAACCAGAUAUAUAAUAUA